AUGUCUCGUCUUUACAGCAAGGGCCGUGUUUUGGGUUACGAGCGCGCCAAGCGCAACCAGAACGAGAACACUUCUCUUAUCCAAAUUGAGGGUGUCCAAACUCCAGUUGAUGCUCAAUUCUACCUCGGUAAGCGUAUUGCUUACGUCUACCGCGCCAAGCGUGAGGUCAACGGUAGCAAGAUCCGUGUUAUCUGGGGCCGUGUUACCCGUACCCACGGUGGUAACGGUGUCGUCAAGGCCAAGUUCCGCUCCAACCUUCCCCCCAAGACCUUUGGUGCUUCUGUCCGCGUUAUGCUUUACCCCUCCAACAUCUAA